GGAAGGGAAUGCCAAAGCAACGCAGGCUCAUACUUUAACUCGCUGGCAUGUGUAAGAUCCAAAGAGCAGGAAAAAUUUGCUUCCUUUCAGAUCAUCAGGACACCUAUGAAAACCCAUGGAUUUGAAAUGGAUAUGAAAACCCAAUAUCGUGAUGCUAUCACACUCAAUAUUCACAACUGGAAGGAAAGGGAAGAAUCUCCUGACUCUCUGGGCUUCAAGGAAAUCAUUAUGUUGUAUUGGAUGAGUUUAAACUAGACAAGACUUCGUUCUGAAUCACUUCUGGAAAGUGUACGUGCCUGAGGGGAGAGGAACACAAGAGAGGAGAGACAAUUGAACAUCACCGUUGGCCAAGGCCUGAAAAAAUGGUCCUGGAUGAACAGAGGAUUAGAACUUAAUUGUAAAAGGGAAAUAAAAUCUUGGCAGGCGAUUCGCUUCAUUUCCACAUUCAUCAUGGCCCAAAUCCUCUGGCUGGCUGGUUGAUGGGACUGUCCAACGCUUCUUACUUAGGUUCAGUGCAGAACCCCUCUGCCUACAGAUCAAAAGACCUGGGAUCAGGUGGGAACUGGAUGGUGCCAAAUACAGGAAUGGAAAGAGAAAUGGACUCUGACAAGCUAAGAUGGAAGUGACUUGACAGCUUCAAGCUCAGCAGUUGUCUCCAGUAAGGACAGGUUAAGACGGGAAUCUCAAGCUUCGCUGGGAGAGCAGUAUGCAGGAAGCUGGUUUUCAGGCCACAAAUGCUUUCACAGAGUGCAAAUUCACCUGUGCCAGUGGUAAAUGCUUGUAUCUUGGUUCAUUGAUUUGUAACCAACAGAAUGACUGUGGGGAUAACAGUGAUGAAGAGAACUGUCUGCUUGUAACAGAGCAUCCACCUCCAGGCAUCUUUAGCUCUGAACUGGAGUUUGUUCAAAUCAUCAUUAUAAUUGUGGUUAUAACUGUUAUGGUGGUAGUGAUCAUCUGCUUGUUGAACCAUUACAAACUCUCGACACGCUCCUUUAUCAACCGACAGAGCCAAAGCAGAAGACAGGAAGAAACUUUGCAGACGGAAGGGUGCUUGUGGCCUUCAGAAAGCUCGGUUUCACGCCAGGGUGCUUCAGAGAUCAUGUAUGCUCCAAGGUCCAGAGACAGGUUUACCGCCCCAUCUUUUAUGCAGCGGGACCGUUUCAGUCGCUUCCAGCCCACUUACCCUUACAUGCAGCAUGAGAUUGACCUUCCUCCGACCAUCUCCCUCUCUGAUGGGGAAGAGCCGCCGCCAUACCAAGGCCCAUGCACCCUGCAGCUCCGGGACCCAGAGCAGCAGAUGGAGCUCAACCGGGAAUCCGUCAGGGCACCGCCCAACCGAACCAUUUUUGAUAGCGACUUGAUAGACAUCUCCAUGUACAAUGGGGGCCCCUGCCCACCGAGCAGCAAUUCGGGCAUAAGUGCAACCAACUAUAGCAGUAACGGAAGGAUGGAAGGACCACCCCCAACAUACAGCGAGGUUAUGGGACAUUACCCAGGCUCCUCUUUUUUCCAUCACCAGCACAGCAACGUGCCUCCUUCCUCGCAGAGGGGGAGCAGACUUCAGUUUCAGCAGAACAAUUCAGAGAGCACAAUAGUCCCCAGCAAAGGCCAAGACCGGAAACCAGGAAACCUGGUCUAAAAGUUACUCAUAAGCCCAGGUGCAUUUGAACUGAAGACAAGAGUUUGAAGCAGGGCGGUGGAGGAAGACCCCCCAUGCUCCGGUGCACAAUGUUGUUACGUUUCACGUGGUACAACUUAGUAAAACCAAACGUGCAAACCAGUUCUUUGUUUCUGAUUCCUUUCAGGGGAAUUGCAUGCAAAGCAGAUGGAAAGAAAUACAAACUUCCAUUCAGUUUGUCUACGAGCAGUGUUUCAGGGGAGGGGGGGGAUAUAUUAUUUUUUUUUAAUAAACUAUUUCAAUUAUUUAAUUCUAAAAGUUAACUUAGCACAGAAAUGAGGCUCGUACAGCCUGUUUUAUACUCACUGAAUGGCAGAAGAAAGAAGGUGGUUUUGCUAGAGAAACGGGGGAAGAAUUGGCCAGUUUGCUUUUUUUUUUCUCCCAGGGUGUGGAUUUUUUUUUAAUAUGAAACAAAAUUCCUGUUUUGUGUGCCAAGGUAUAAAGUUGAGAACUUAGAUGAAUGCAAGGAAUUAAUUUGUGUUGUGAUAAAUGUGUUUUAAAAAGUUGCACUAUCUUAAUGUUUAAAAAAAAUAUAUAUGAGGGAACUGUUUUAUGUGAAGUUCUUCUAUAUGUUGUCUUUUCACCUGUGGAAUAAUGAUAGAGCCCCAGAAUUAAUCUGGAGGAGUUUGCCCCCCUCCCCCCGGGUUUGCUAGAAAGAGGGGACAGGACUUAGCCUGACAUCUCUUGACUUUUACAAAUCAAGAAAUACAGGGACACUUGUCUUUGCAAUAAGUUGCAUUCAAGUAACAGUGCAUCAAUGAAGUGUCUUGGAGACUUUUGGAUGGAAGAAGGCAAAUACGAAAUCCCAGCAUUUUCCAUCACUUCGGGUUUAGCUGUUUUGCAGUGUAGACUAUUUGUUUCCUAAAUGCAAAACAAAAUCCCAGACAUGUUAAUUUGUAUUGAUUCUAAGUGCUGCCAUUCUUUUCCUUUUCAUAAUGCGGUAUCACCAGUACUUACCGUUUUAGAGAUUUUUGUCCUCACUGUAGCCUGAAAUGUAUUUAGUCACAUAUCAUGACAUUAUGCAAUAAAUUGUUUAAAAAUGCAAGGUGGGGUUUUCCCCCCUGCAGUGCUGUUGAAAUACGUGAGACUCCAUUGUGCUUUUCGCUCUCCAUUUCAUCCUUUGGAUACUGAAGUUCAGUCCUGGAGAUCCAUCCUGUUGAAGUGAAGGGGCCUUUGUAGCUGUAACUGCAGUUUCCACAGCAGUAGUGAGAGCGCUCGUGACAGUGGCACUGGCUUCUGCAGCAUCCCUGGCGCUGACGUGGGAGCACUGGUUACUCUCACUGCAAACUGUUUUGCUCUGGGCCCUGUUGCGGAAACCCUCCUUGCUCGGUGCACGUCAUCCAGCUGAUGCCAGCAGGGCUCUGCUCAUGGCUAAAGAUGACUCAUGUAUUAACCAAGCGUCUGUAAGCCCUAGAUUUGCCAUGCCGGUCUUAAGAGUAGUUGGAAAAUGUUACCUGCCUGUAAAGUGGCAAGUGGGGUAUCUCCUCCCUGGCUGUUCCUGUGCGGAGGCACACGCAGCGCUGGAAGGCAGUUGACAAAUGAUGAUAGUGGCAUCACAAGCACAUGUAAAAGCACAACUUGCACUUAAAAUGCAUUUUGGAAAUGGACUUAAAGUAAGAACCUUUAGAGUCUUAGCUUGGAUAGUUUCUAAUAUAUAUGUGUAUGGGUGUGUCACAGACCUUUUCACUUUAAGAUCUUUCACUUUUUUCUAUUUUCUUAAGCCUUGUGCUUGGUUUGGGGCAGCAGCCGAGUGCCCUGAGGGCUCUGGAGAGGAGCACCAUGCCCUAGCGCCUGGUCCCAUGGCUGGAGGCUGGAUUUCUGCAGGACUUCUGUACACUGGGGGCUCUGAUAACUGAAGUGCAUCUUUGAUCUAUGCAGAGUUUUAAUGCCAAAACAGCGUGCGUGUCUGUGUGUGUGUUUUAUGGGCCUCAGUGUAGAUUAUUUUCUUCAUAAAGUAAUUUGGUUUUAGUCUAGUUUAGAAAACGUUUGUGUAACUUUUAGUCUGAAUAUGCAGCCUCAUUUGUAUCUGUAAUUGUGGUUUUGUUUUUGUCUGAGUCAUGCUGGUAAUGCAGAGUAAAGCUGCCUUUUAAUUUAUGUGUUAUUUGAAGGGAGGGAGAGAGAGAUUGUAUGAUGGGAUUCACUUUGUUGGUUUCUUUUUCCACUCAGACCCACAGGACAGGUGUUUAGGAGAUGACUAGGUGGCUGUCAGUCAGCUAGGGCUCUCAUCACGUCUGCUUCCUGGGAAUAAAAGCUGUGAAAUAAGAUUUUUGCAAGCAACCUAUGAGCAUAAUUCUUAUUUAAAAAACAAAGCAAAACAAAACAGCAACCCACAAAUAAACAGGAGGCAAAACCAGCAAAUGUUGGUUUUGGUCUUCAGUGACUUUUGUUGUCCUUAAGCCAGAAAGUGUGUGUGCCCACACAGAUACUGUGCUCUUUCCUAAAUGAGAAUUAUUUAGCUGAGAAGCCUUCAGGCAAGAGCAGCUGGAACUUAGUUGUCGUGGCAGAGCACACCUGGACUUGGACCCAUUGAAUACCAACAUUUUCCCAUCUCGGCCAAGUAAGCCUUGAAGUUGCCUUCAAAGCCACCUCUUGGGAACAUGCUUUUUCUUUGAAGACAGCCCUUUGCCAUCUUUUGCCGUCUCUGCAUGCCAGUGGAUUUAUGCACUUCCCAUUGCCAUUGUCCGGUAUGAUGCAUGCACUGUUGUCUCUUAAUUUUAUUUGACUGAGGAAAUUUUUCUUUGCAUGGAAAAUGUAACCUGUUCCAGCUCUGUAGAAAAGAUUUGUCUAAAAAGAACUUAGUAUUUGCUCACCUAAUGGUUGCAUUUCCUCUUGCAUCUUCGCCUUCUCAUCGUAUUCUGCUGUCCAGAGCUAGUGUGCAGCCAGUGUACCUGCCAGCUCUGAAAGUGUAGUCAUCUGUUGCUUGCUCUAGGUGAGCUUGAAAUCUGCUAUUUUUGUCGUGGGGCCUCUUAUAGGAGUAGAUAUGGUAUUUUUUGAUGAAUAUAUGUGAUCUCUGAUAGGAUUGCCAUCGAUAGUAUAACAUUUGCAACGGUGUGUGUUUUUCUACUUUUGUUGCAGUAAGAGAGAAUAUGCCCUUGCUAACAGAACAAAAUGGUAAAAGAAGGAAUAUCAGAAUUAGAUAGCACUAUCAAUCUUUACAGGCUUAGAAAUUGGUGUUCUCUGGAGAUAGGUAAUUCUGUCAAGUAUUUAUGGAAAACUCCCUUGGAAAAUAUCCAGGAUUAAUAAACUGUAUUGCAUAGCCACUCAGAUGAAGCUUUGUAAAUUAUAAGAGAUUUCUGCAGACAUUGUAAUGUUAAUCAUGUAGAUUAUACCUCCAUACUGGUGUUUUGGUUUAUGUGUUGUGUACACUAAACCCAGAUAAUACAUGUGCAGAGCUUUCUGUGUGGUGGACCAUAUUAACCUGAAUUCUAGUUGGAUCCCCUGACCUUUGCCCAGUAACCCAUCUUCCCAAAAUUCAGUCUAGUGGUGUCUCCAUGAUGUGACUUCAUUACAGCAUGCUUUUAUCUUGUAAGUAUGAACACUCAGAGGCGUGCCCCCUGUACAAGUUCUUGAUGGCUAUUGAGGCAUUUACGUUCCUGCAGUCAUGGAAUCUGCAGGAACCAUGCGUCAAGCUAUGCUUCAUUUGGCUUUUAUUAUUAGUUAUAUAUACUUCUCUCACCGAUUUGUCCCAGCUGGAAGCUGCUUCUGUUAUUCCAGAUCUCUGAAUUUUUGUAUUGCUUCUAAAAGAAUGCACUUUCGUUGCAAUAGGGAAGAAAGCCUUGUCCUGAUGGAGAGUCCUGUGCAUAGGCUAUCUGGAACAGCACUGUCUGAAGCAGUCAUUUCUAACCCUGCCAGGUAGUGAGAUUGGACCUUAAAACUGAUGCUCCGAUAUGUAAGGAAUGUUUGAAUGGUUUGGAGAAGAUGCAUUACUAACCUUUCUCUGACUCUGAGCCCUGAACGCUCAUGAUAACUAAGGUAACCUGAUCUCAUAGGCAAAGAGAAAGAAAAUAGUAUGCAGGUGAAAAUAGAUUAUGCUCCAAAAUUGUUCUCUGCUUUUGUUUUUCUUUCUUUCUUUUCCUUCCCCCAAGGAUAAACAACAGGCUUAGUGGUACAUUUUAAGGCAUUCAGGAUUAUUCACAAGUUCUCUCUGGUCAUUACCAUUAAGUCAUGUCCAUGCACAUGUGAGUAUAGGCAUAUCAACAUGUAAACUUGUGCCUGUAUCCUACCCCUUGAUUAUCUAGAUACUAGUUACUAUUCCAUAAUCACAUUUCAGAAGUGCUAAAUGGCUAUAUAUUGUGCUCUCAGGAACGGGUCAUUUGUCAAACAGCUGGAGGCAUGAGGAAUAUUUGCUUUUCAGUCCUGUAAAUGUCAUGGCCCUGUUUUUAUCAGUAGGGUUGUUCCUUGCUGUGCAAAUUCUUAUCUGUUUGUGCUUGUGCAUCUUCCAUCCAACAGCUCUCUCCUUUUGGGUGAGCUUUGAAAAGUCCUCGUGCUUUUGGGACAAGCCUAAUGUAGACCUCAUGCAUCGAUGCACAGGAAGGAAGUGUACGUCAUGUACUCUACAUCUCUGAAGCAUGUAUUUUAAAACCUAACUGAUGCUGAGAACGAAGUGAUCCAUUUGUGCAGUGGGUUCAGAUGAAGGCUGGCUUGUGAUUACAUCUUUGCUUUUUAGAUGAAGGCUGUUGCAAAUAGGUCUUUCCCCACAGUGUUGCCUGCUUGCCAACCAGUGCAAUUACAACUUUUCUCCUAAAGUAGCCCCAGAUGUGUCAGUCAUUUAAAUCCCUGGAAAGAGGCACUCUUACUGAAUUGUCUGAGAUCUGCUGAGGCCUUUUAGAGCAUGGAAAAGUUCCUCGCGGGGACGUGUUGAACUUAGAGGUUUCCCGUCUGAAGACUCUGUUCUGUAUGUUUUGUUAGGAUAUUGAAGUUUAAAGUUUUGAGAGUGAGUGGCCCAACUGCAGAUGGUUGGUAAGAUUGGGUUUUUAAUCCUUAGUAUAUUGUUUGCCAGUCUGUGCUCAUUAAUCAGGGGUGUAAAUUACCCUUUGACCCACUUCUGAUUGCCAUUGCUAUGCUGGCAAAUGCCCUGCUGGGCACACUUGCACCAGCAAAAUAGAGUGAUUUUCUUGGUAUGACUCCGCCUGGGGAGUUAGCAGAAGCUGCACCAAAAGUUCAGCCGCCAGAAACAAUACCACACCUGCACUGCUUCUUCCCAGCAAACUCAGUUUCAAUGAAGUGCUUUACCACACUUGUAAGUACCACAGAUAUGCAGUGGAGGAGUGUUUCCUUGAAAUCACAACUAGCCGCAUUAGAUGUUUCAGGGCUGCUAAUGCCAUUCUUGUAACCACUUGCUAUAUUUCUCCUGCUUUUGAAAGGGAAAACCAAGAAUGAUUCUGUUUUGAGAAGUGUUGCAAACUCUCCUGGUUCUUCCUUCUGCCUUGCUGUAGUCUCUUCUGUUUUUAGACUGAACACAAGCAACCUGGGUAUUGCUAGCACCGCUUUCCUGCUAGAGAAGAGCAUACCUUUUUAUGUUGGUUAUUGAUAAAGAAACAAGUAACCUAGAUUCUUUCCCCUUCCCUCUGACAGCCAUGUGAUUUACUGCCAGAGAUGACUGUCAUUUCUUUGCUAUAUUGCUGUUGCUGCUGCUGCUGCUGUUUUAAAUGGUUUGGUGCGUGAGCUUUCUGAAACAACGUGGUGUGUGUAGGAUCUUGUGGGUGACAAAGCUGUCUCUUUCCUUCUUCCUUUCUCUCCUCGGUUUGUGCUCGUCUGUCCGCCGUGGUAGGUUUAUUAAUAAAUGAUAUAUAUGUCUGUAUUAGCUAUAAUUUUGAGGAGGUUUGCAUGUCAGUAGUUUGUAAGCAACUAAGGUGCCUCAUGUACAGGUCUGAGCAGAUAGGAAUCCCCUUGCACUCUAGAGGGCCUGAUCCAAAGCCUGGUGAAGUUGGUAGGAAGACUCUUGCUGACUUCAGGGGGCUUUGGAUCAGGCCUUACGCUCCCACCUUUGUUGUGCCUCACUUAAAAUGGUGCUUUUUCAGUUGUCUGUCUUUUUUUCUGGUUCUUGGUUGAUUUUUUUUUCUUUGUAUGGUGCUGUGUAUAACUUGAAUAUAUUAUGCACAUAUCCUACCCAAUGGGUAGAACAAACAAACAUACAAAAACAAAUAGAUGUUGUUAAUACUGUAAGAUAAUGUAUAGAUGAUACCAAUUUUAACACAAAAGGAAAAAAAAAGGCAUAGACUUUGUGAAUGCCAACUUCUGUGCUUGGUCCUUUUUUGUAAGAAAAUUUGCAAAUGGAUGCAUACAAAUGACAAAAAAUCUAUGUAUUUUAUUUUCCUAUCAAAUAUCAAUAUAAUAUCAUAAGGGAAAAAGUUUGAACAAAUCCUUUUUGACUAGCCUGUGUAUAGUGAUUGGUCAUUUGAUGCAUCUUUGCUGUGAAGAUUUGUUCUUUGUUUUUCUAAAUGUGUCACUUUAAGAAAAAGUUAAAAAACACAAAACAGACAAAACCUCCACAGCUUUAACCUUGCAACUAGAUGCUUCUUGAAUUGGUUGUUGCCUCGCUAUUGCUGAGUUGACCAGUAUUAGUUACUACUUCUCCAGCAGAUACAUUAUUUAUUAUUAUCCUGGAUUACCUUUUUUUAAAAAAAAAACCAGCAACAAACCCAACAACUUAGAAAUGGCCUAAAACCUUUUGAUUCUUUUUAUCCACAUCCUAGAUUUGAAGUGAAGCUCAGACAAGUGGGAACUGACCCAAACCAUCCCUGCAAAUUCAAAACUAGGCCAACGAGAGGUUUGUGACAACAGCCAGCCCCUGCUCUAUGCCCAUUACUGGUACAUGAUCCUGCCACUGCAAACUCUCUUCAGGCUUGGUGUGUAGCUGGGGCUCGCUGAUGACCUGUGCGAUUGCAGGGUGCAAGCCUUAAGGGUAGACAAGAAAAGCCACAGUUGGUAGCAAGCUUGAAGGCAGGGUUUGAGCGUGAGCUUUGAGUUGGCAGCGCUGCUGCUGUGUUGGCCUCUGACAGCAAUGGCUUAACCCGGGUUCGUAUUCAAGACUAGGGAGAAAUGCCUAAACCUGUUCAGGCCCAACACGGGAAGUGGUGUGGAAGGUGACCCAACGCUUGAGCUUUCUGUCAGGCUCCCUCGGCAGUUUGGUUCUCUCCCGGCAUCUCUGUGUGUUGGGCUGUCCGUCCCCGCGUGCUCCUCGGUAAAGCAAAUACCUCAGGAAAACUCAACAUGAAGUUCUAGUGUAGAGACUUGCAGAUGCUGUACUUAUUUUUCUAAACUGUUUGUUCUAACUAUCCCAGGACAGUAGGUGAUAUAAAAGUUUAUUGGUCCCAGACAGACUAGUCCUCUCACAGAUGGAUACCGACUAAUCUUUCAUAGAUACUCGUGUCUAUAUGUAGCUUUUUUAUACUUGUCAGGCUUUAACCACAGAUGUAAGGUAGCAGCGUGUUGGGAUAUGUUUGAGAUGGCGUUUUUGUUUGGUUUUUCAGAUGACUAGCUAAACGCUAUGCUAAAACUCAGGGGGCCUUAUCCGGGGCCCAGUGAAGUCAGUGGUGAGGCUUCCUCUGGUUUGAGUGGGCUUUCAAUCCAGUCCGUCACGCUUGAGGAUGGUGCCUUGGAGCACAGUCUGUCGCGACUUCUCUGUUGACCUGAAACUUCAGCUACACAUUUGUCUGUGAAUAACUUUUUAAAAGCCCUCACAGGAGUCCUGUAUCUGAAUGUUGAUCAUGGUUGUUUUGGGUUUUUUUUGUUUUGUUUUAAAGAAGUGUGUUAAGUCUGUAUCAAGUCUUUUAUGGCCAGUUCUGCAUCAUCAAGCCCUUACAGGUAGCUUAUGUCCAUCCCUCUAUAUAUAUCGAGCUGUUUUAUCAGCAAGCAUGUCCCGUAGGGAAAUACGCAUACUUCAUGACUGUCACUCAUUACUCAUUUAUUGUUUGUCAGGGCAUAGAGUGUUUUGGAAGUAUGCCUUGUCUGGCCACCUUCACGUUUCUGUUUGCACUGCAGUGCCACUUCUGUGCAUGAAGGAAGAAAAACAAAACAGAAAACCCCAGGCCUUGACUAGGAAGACUCUGUACAGAGCAAACCUCCCGCUGGAGGAAUCUAGGGUAGGAUUUAUCGUCACAAAACUUGCAUAUUGAACGGACCAAACACGAGCAUGUCUCCUUUUAGAGGCACUAAUUUGCUUUGAAGCUGCAGUGGAAAGAGCAGACUAUCUACUAAGUGUAUUCACAGCUGUGUUCACGCUUUUCUGUUUACCACAAAGCACAGCAGGCAGCCAAGAUUUUUAAAGAAGAAUAAGCAGAAGUUAUGAGAGCCUCAGGUAUCAUAGACCUGGACAACAACAAUAAUAAUAAUAAAAAAUUCACUUUCAUAUUCUUUAACAAAGCUUUUCUACUUAUAGUACAAGGACUACAUAAGCAUCGAUAGGGGUUUUAUCUUUGUAUAGCUACCAACUGCCCAAUGCUGCUGUGCUCAGAGCAUUUCACAAUGGUAUGUACACCGGUCAGGCUGUUACACUUAAAAUUAACCAUCAAAUGCCUGGUUUUAGAGUGUUGACCCUUUCUUUGUUGUUUCUUGCUAGUUAUUUUACAGUGUAAAAUGCUUUAUUGCUGUAUGGAUUUUUUUGUAUUUCCGACAUUGUGGCUUUUGAGAUCACAUUUUCAGCACAUCUCUUUAUUUUUGUCCAUCUUGUUUCAAGCUAUUCUGAAAUGUGUACAGCACUAUCAACAAUAUUUAAUCUUUCUUUUAAAUUUUAUUGUUGUAAAAACAAAGCUAUUAAAACCAGUAAGUCUUUUUACAACUGUAUUGGAAUUUCUCAAUAGCUGUUCAUGUGAUGCUAUGACAAACCUGGCUUGCUUUGAUUUUUAAAAACCAAUUUAUUUUCCUUUUAACACAAUUAAUUUGUUGCUUAUUUUCCACCGUAACUCCCAGUUAUAUACAGGAAAAGAUUUCAACUGUUGUGUAUCUGACUCUUUUAAUUGAGCAAAUGGUGAUGUCCUAGUUUUUAGACCUAAGGUCUGUUUAUUGCAAUACUUUUAAAGGAAGAUGUUGCUCUAAGUGCUGUUGUUAGUUUUAAAUACAGAUUUUAUGCUUGUUCUUAAUAUGCUGUGGUUAAACCAUGGCACAAAAUUAUUAAAAAUCAUGAAAUGCA